AUGGCUAUGCAGAUGCAGCUUGAAGCAAAUGCAGAUACUUCAGUGGAAGAAGAGAGCUUUGGCCCACAACCUAUUUCUCGAUUAGAGCAAUGUGGCAUACAUGCCAAUGAUGUGAAGAAAUUGGAAGAAGCUGGAUUCCAUACUGUGGAGGCUGUUGCCUAUGCACCAAAGAAGGAGCUAAUAAAUAUUAAGGGGAUUAGUGAAGCCAAAGCUGAUAAAAUUCUGACUGAGGCAGCUAAAUUAGUUCCAAUGGGUUUCACCACUGCAACUGAGUUCCACCAAAGGCGGUCUGAGAUCAUACAGAUUACUACCGGCUCCAAAGAGCUUGACAAACUACUUCAAGGAGGAAUUGAGACUGGAUCCAUCACAGAGAUGUUUGGAGAAUUCCGAACUGGGAAGACCCAGAUCUGUCAUACGUUGGCUGUAACAUGCCAGCUUCCCAUUGACCGAGGUGGAGGUGAAGGAAAGGCCAUGUACAUUGACACCGAGGGUACCUUUAGGCCAGAACGGCUGCUAGCAGUGGCUGAGAGAUAUGGCCUCUCUGGCAGUGAUGUCCUGGAUAAUGUAGCAUAUGCUCGAGGGUUCAACACAGACCACCAGACCCAGCUCCUUUAUCAAGCAUCAGCCAUGAUGGUAGAGUCCAGGUAUGCACUGCUAAUUGUAGACAGUGCCACCGCCCUCUACAGAACAGACUAUUCGGGUCGAGGUGAGCUUUCAGCCAGGCAGAUGCACUUGGCCAGGUUUCUGCGGAUGCUUCUGCGACUUGCUGAUGAGUUUGGUGUAGCAGUGGUAAUCACCAACCAGGUGGUAGCCCAAGUGGAUGGAGCAGCCAUGUUUGCUGCAGAUCCUAAAAAACCUAUUGGAGGAAAUAUCAUUGCUCAUGCCUCAACAACAAGACUGUACCUGAGAAAAGGAAGAGGGGAAACCAGAAUCUGCAAAAUCUAUGACUCUCCUUGUCUUCCUGAAGCUGAAGCUAUGUUUGCCAUCAAUGCGGAUGGAGUAGGAGAUGCCAAGGACUGA